CCGCGCACACACACACACACACACACACACACACACAAAACUGCGAAAUCGAGGAGACGGACAGCGCCCAGAAUAACUUGAGAAGUGUGCGGAGGAGCAUCGCGUUGGACAUGGGAUUGCGGCCAAACUCCCCGGCCUGUCGGACUUCCAAAGAGAGGACAUGUUCUUUGGUUUGUUAAAGCCCCAGUGCUACUUUCAGCCCUGCCAGCAUGCUCCAGUAGGGACGGGACCCCUUCAGUCAGCAGCACUGUUUGAUCCAAGAGAAACGUGCCUUGUAAGGAAACAGGAUGUUCACAGGCUCCACCAAGCUGCCCCCGGCCAAAACCCCCCAGCCCGAGCGGCUGGACGAGGUGUACGCCGCCUUACGCCGAGGCUUACAGUCAUACUUGCAGGUCCACCAGCUGGAGCUGGACACUCUGGGCCAGCAGAUCCGAGAAAACAAGAGGAACGGUCGGCUGGGCUCUUUGUAUGAGCAGGAUAAGCAAGUGAAAGCCAUAGAGAGAUUCAUGCGUCGUUUGGAGUUCCACCUCAGCAAGGUGGAGGAGCUGUACGACGGUUACUGUAUACAGCGCCGGCUCCGAGAUGGCGCCAGCAAAAUGGUGGCGGCCUUUAACUCCGCUACUGGGAGCAAAGAGGCCAGGGAGAGCCUGAGUGAGGCCAACAGGGGCUUUAGGGAAUGUACAGAGCACAUGUGCUCACUGGAGAGCGAACUGGAAAGCCACAUGGGAGAAUUCCAUGUCAAGAUGAAGGGCCUUGCCGGCUUCGCUCGCUUGUGUGCGGGUGACCAAUAUGAGGUGCUCAUGCGCUACGGGCGUCAGCGAUGGAGGCUACGAGGCCGCGUGGAAGUCAGCAGUAAGCAGAUAUGGGACAGCGAAGAGUACAUCUUCCUGCCUCUCGUCACUGAACUCUUGUCCAUCAAGGUGACAGAACUGAAGAGUCUGGCCAAUCAUGUAGUGGUCGGAAGUGUGUCCUGCGAAAUGCUCGACCUGUUCUGCCCGCUCCCACAGACCCUUGCCGUGGAUAUUAACGACCUGGGAACAGUUAAGCUGAACUUGGAAGUAACAUGGAGUCCUUUUGAUAAGGACGACCAGACAUCGUCCACCAGUACCGUUUCCAAACGUCUCCUGUCCAAUCAGAGCCCUCCUGACACGCCCUCAAUGCGGGAGCAAGUGUUUUAUUCUCUGCUGAAACGACAAGGAGAGCUGGACAACGGCACAGUCUGGUCCAACUCCUCCGAGUCCUCCGACGACUCGUCCAGCCCGGCCCUGGCCCACCACGCUCAGAGGCUGUCGGCCUCCAACGUCCUGCAAACCGCCGUCCCGGCGCCGCACAAAUCAAGCGCGUCGACGCCAUCGCUGUCGUCCAAUCAGGAGGAGGACGAGAGUGAAGCCGGAGAGGUUUUCUCCCCGAGAGAUUCAGUGCACAACGGCCACCCGACGUCCUGCUCUCGGAGCCGAGUCGGCGAGACCGGCCCGGAAUGUACUGUGACGGACAGGCUGUCUGUCCAACCGGCCGAGCUUCUGGGAACCUCGGCGGAGCGGAGCCGCUCGUGCUCCGACGUUUCUUCCACCGUCGCCGAGUCGUUAGAGAGGACAGAAGAAUGUCCGGCCAAAGAUUCACCUGAGGACUUGACACUCCGCACCACAGCAGGGACCACUGAGGCUGAAGGACCAAGGCAGCCGGCUCACCAUCUAAAACACUCCGAUGGCGCUCCAACUGUUCCUUUCCCCACCUCUUCUAGUUUCACUCAGGAAGUGGAGACGGCUCUUGAGAGUUUUGACUUUCUCAACUGCUCAGACCUGGAGGAAGAGGAGGAGGAGGAGGCGGAGCUUCAGGAGCAGGCUGAUCACCAAGAGAAGGAUGAGCGUCAAGAAGAUGACGAGCGGCGAACGGAAGAUGAGCAUCAAGAGAAAGAAGAGCAGGAAGAGGAAGAUGAGCAUCAAAAGGACGACAAAGGAGCAAAGCAAGCAGGCGAGGAGCAGCACGGAGAAGAUCAAGACAAGAGUGAGCAAGACAACAGAGACAAGAAGGAGGAGGACAAAGAAAUGUUCUACUCUGGAGCAAGCGACGAAGAGGCGGGAGACGGCCUGGAGUUCCUCAUGGAGGCUCCAGAAGGAUUUCGGAACUCUGACGAAGAUCGUGUCUCCGAAUCGCAGGAGUCGAGUGCUGAAGAGGAGCAGGAUUUGAGCAGGGUGGAGCUGCCCGAGGAAGAGGAGGGGCAUGGGGAGGACCCGUCACAUGAUGUUCAGGAGGUGGAGGCGGAGCGUCCCCCGACUCCAAGCCACUUGGCCACUACCGUGUUCUAAUGGGCCGGCACGCAGCCACAGUCCGACCAUUUCCGCUCUCGUCUAACGUGCUGGUUGCCAAGUCGACAAGCAAGCUCUUCCAUUACUGCAGAGUUUGUGCACACAUUCGCCUUGUUCUGACCAAGAACCAUAAACACUCUUCUUCUCCUCACCCUUCUUCUACUUCUCAUUCCUCUUUUUCUUCUUCCAAAGUCCUCAGUAUUUCAACGUCAUCGUGUUGCCUGCAUUCAUGCCACUUUUGUUUUUAAACAAUUCACUUAAAGCAGGCUCGGUUUAUUUAAGUGAUGAAAUGAGCCGAAAAAGAUGUUUUCCUUACUCUGCGUACAAUCAGUGACUGGGGCCAGUUCUCAGCGUUUGCAGUUAACGAUGGACUGGGAACUUUUUGCAGUGUUUUCCAGCUCGUAAAGCUCUUUAGGAGAGACUCCACGUGAGGUUUGUCUUUGUCAUUUCCAUGGCGCACUAAUGUAUUGUAGUUGUGUGACAUUGUGUCUUUAAGAUACACCAGGACUUGAGCUGCCUUACAACCACACGUUUUAGGGACCCAUAAUGUACAGUUGGCAGGAUUGGAGUUUUUAAAUGAUGCAAUAUGCGGUGUAAAACUAUAUUUAAACCUGCAUGUGUGUAUCUGCCUCACACUGCCGGCAUGGCCACUGUAAAAGGUGCAACUGAUUCAUUUAGGUGUGUACAAAUUUCAGCCUCAGUGGUGGAGCGCUAUCGCGUCUCAGCAUUUUUUGCUUUACGUCAUCGUACAGAAAAGCCUCUUCAUUCAGAAAGUGCCUAAAGUGAAGGAUGUUAAGGUGGUAAACACACACAAAAAGAAAAAAAGGUGAACAGGCAAAGUGUUACAGUGUUUAUUUUGGAAUUACUUUUAAGAGUGUUCACCAUAAGAGAUAUUUACUGUUUCAUAUAAAUAAUUGUAUGUCCUGAAAUGUUUAAUGUUCAGAAAUGUUCAAACUUUAUAAAGUUUUCUUUAAAACUAA